GAGCUGGACGGCUUCGAGGGCGAGGCCUCGAGCACCUCCAUGAUCUCGGGCGCCAGCAGCCCGUACCAGCCCACCACCGAGCCGGUGAGCCAGCGCCGCGGGCUGGCCGGCCUGCGCUGCGACCCCGACUACCUGCGCGGCGCGCUCGGCUGCCUCAAGGUCGCCCAAGUGAUUUUGGCCCUGAUUGCAUUCGUCUGCAUAGAGACCAUCAUGGAGUGCUCCCCGUGUGAAGGCCUCUACUUUUUUGAGUUUGUGAGCUGUAGUGCGUUUGUAGUGACUGGAGUCUUGCUGAUUCUGUUCAGUCUGAACCUUCACAUGAGGAUCCCCCAGAUCAACUGGAACCUGACAGAUUUGGUCAACACUGGACUCAGCACUUUCUUUUUCUUUAUUGCCUCGAUUGUAUUAGCUGCUCUGAACCACAAGACCGGAGCGGAAAUUGCUGCCGUGAUAUUUGGCUUCUUGGCGACUGCGGUGUAUGCGGUGAACACGUUCCUGGCAGUGCAGAAGUGGAGAGUCAGUGUCCACCAGCAGAGCGCCAGUGACUACAUCCGAGCCCGCACGGAGUCCAGAGACGUGGACGGUCGCCCCGAGAUCCAGCACCUGGACACAUGAGCCCAACUGCCGGAGCCCUCCUCCCUCUCAUCCUUGUGCCCAGCCUUUCAACCAAGUUUUCUUUCCCUCGUCAC